GGAUUCACGCUCUCAUACGGGUGACUAAUACAUAUUCAUCCGUUAUCAGCAGUGGUCAAACAUCAUCGAUUUGUUAGAAAGAUCACAUUGACCGAAACGUGAAAUUAUCAAACAAAGAGUUAUAAAAGUUUGGGUGUCGGAGUAAACUGUAGUGUAAUUUGUAAACCCCAGUCAAUUUGUUGAAUUUAUUGUUCUAUAAUCUCAUUGUAACAACUUGAUGUAUUCGGGUUUUGUUUAUAUGAAAUUGUCAAUAUACACAUAUUAACAAAUAUAAGACUUUGAAGCCGUGUGAGUUGGGACAUAUUUUGAAUAAUGAAAGUAAUUUGACUGACGCUAUUUGACAUGGAGGAGAUAUAAAACUUGUUUAAAGCCAUGUAAUUAGAAAAAAACCUUUUAUUUCAUGUUGUGAAAACGUGUGCUCUUAUAUUUUAUAAUUCAAAUUUUUUUCUGGUGGAUUGUAAGUGAAAUUAUGGUUUUAAUACGCCGGAAAUCUUAUUCUGAAAGCGACAACGACAGGAUAGGCAGCGGUAUCAGGAUGGGCCGUAAUAGGACAUGCAGUUCUUCUAGUACCACACAUAAUGAUCAAAGUUCUUCGGACAGUAACACGAAUGGCAUGAAUAAACCUUGGAUGAAGAAGAUGUUUACAUCUUUAUUUAAACGGAAAGCUCAAAAUAGGGACCAAGACUAUGAGCUGCCUCCAGAUUAUUAUUUUAAAACUGUGCUGUUAGGCGACUGUAAUUCAGGAAAGACAACUCUAGCUUUUAAAUUCAGUUGUAUUGCAAGUAAAACGAGUUAUCUUAAAAGACCGACAGGAUUAAAUAUUAAUACAAUGGAAUAUAUUGACAGUAUCAUUCAUGUAGCGGAAAAGAAAGUCUUAAUUCGCCUAUAUGACACGGCUGGCCAAGAAAAAUUUCGCAGCUUAACAGCGUCCUACUACAGAGGAGCGCACGGGUGUCUCGUGCUGUUUGACGUCACGAAGGAAAGCACGUUCAAUAAUCUCACUUACUGGCUUCAUGAUCUGAAGGAGUACUCCACGCAUCCCGAAAUCUCUACAGUCAUUGUUGGCACAAAGUGUCACGUGACGCCAGAAGAGCGCGAGGUAUCACAUGAACGUGCUGUGAAAUUCGCGGAAAGUGUCGGAUUACCUUAUAUGGAAGUAAGUGCAGAAGAAAACAAAAAUGUGACUGAAGUGUUUGAGAAACUAGCUGAUUCGAUUCUAGAAAACCUCACAAAAGAUUCUACACCAAAUAUGCAGCAACCAAACAGAGUUAUUUUGUCAAAACAGCAAAAACCAAAGAAGCAAUGGUGUUCAUGCUAAAGAAAAACAACAUUUACAAAAAAUGUGUUUUAUAUCAUUUUUCGCAUGGGAAAAGAAGGUUUGCCUUGUAACAUUUCUGGAAUUAUGUAACAUAUUCACAGUCAUGACUGUCAUAGUAUGUGAAAAAGAAAAAGUAUUUACACAAGCUAUUCAGACUAUUUAAACACUGGAGUAACAGCUGUUGACAAAGAUCAACAACUUCCGUGAAGUUAUCAUUAAAUUAAAUUGGUAGACAAUAUUUGUAAAUUUGCAACACCUAAGAAAAAUCUAUACAAAAUGCUAAAAAAUAACUGAAAUAUUGUUUUAGCCCACUUUUAUCUAGUCAAUUAUGUAUAAGUAUGAAAAAAUAUGAAAAUAAGUAUUUAUUUACUUUGCGCCUACAACGAAAAUAACAUUUUAAUAACAGGAAUAAUUUUUGUUUUUCGACAUGACGACGCUGUUAAUAUUUUCGAAAUUUUAUUGUGCCAUUUAACUGAGAUCUCGAUGUGAAAACUGUCAAGUCAUUCGCUGAGUCUGCUUUUUCCCCAGAAAAAUCAUUUUAAUUUUGCAAAAUGGCCCCAAAAUGGAAAUCAUUUAAACGUUUUUAAUGUCAAAUUGGGAUAAAAAUCGCACAAAAAUGUUUGAAAACUUAUUCUGAUUAAAUUUCUUUAUUAUCUUUUAUACAUGUUUUUUACGUUUUAGAGUCCCAGAUGAUCUAUUUGAGAAUUUCAAAUUUAAUAUUUUAAGACUAAGGACCCCGGUGGAGCUCCUUGUAUGGUUAAAAGUGUAAAGUAACUUUAAGCUUCUGCAUUUAUUAUAGUAACUGCGUGUUUCGUUCAUGUUUUUGAAUUAAUGUAUAAAAACUCAUAUAAUUUUGAUCUCAUUAUUUAAUAUUGGUUCAUGUUAAUAUGUCUUUCAUCGUGUAUAAAUCCAAUAUACAAUAAUUCAAUAAGAUUAAUGUCAUAUAUAACUUAAGCUGAAUUAAAUCAACAUGCAAUGGUAACAUUACCCCUAACAUAUGUAUGCUUGUUUAUUUAAUGUAAUUUGUAAACUUCGUUUCAUGUAUUUAUGUGAAAUUUAAGCCAAUGAUGUAAAAAGACCAAACAUUUGUUCAUUUGUUUUUGUUAUCUUUUUUACUUUGGCUUGUUUAAACAUAUUUUAUUGCGGAACAUACAUGUAAAGUAUACAAAUGAUAAGUAUAUAACAAAAAGCAACUGGGUUGGAUAACAAGUUCUAGCGACAUGUAUUUUAGCUUAUGCAUCUUAUGACAAUUGUCAUCGAUUUUUUUUGCCUAUUCUUUUUUCAUUUGUGUUUUCAGUUCAUGGAUUCAGCUACAUCGUUUAAUAUAGAUUCUUAAAUGUAUAUAACAGAUACAUUGUAUAAUAAUUAAGAAAUGACGAAAUAGAUUGAAUAGCAAUAAUGAAAUUGUUUCUCCUUUUCAAUCUUUUUUUAAAUUUGAUAAUUGAAAAAAUACUUAUGAUGAAUUUAAAAAUUAUGUUGUAAAUAUUUUAUUCUUAUUAACUAUAACACCGUGGAUAUGCUUGUUCAUUAAAACAGCUCGCCUUCAGAUUUUAGAUACCUGCACUCCAGACAGUGAAAAAGUAGAAAUUAAAAAUUGAAAUGAACUUUAUUCAGUUUGAGAAUUGACAUCAUGACGAGUGAAUAGGUUAAAGCCAAAGAAGUUAUGAUUUCUUUCAAUUAUAUGAUUUUCCUAGGAGGAACGAUAAAUAACUCACGAGGCUCACGGAAAUUCUGUAAUUACCCAUUGAGAUUUACCUGUUACGUUCAAUUGAUGAAAACAGAUGAGGCAGUUUUUUUUAUAUUUAAGGGAGAAACUUAGGAUAGAAAAUAAAUGCCCCCCCCCCCCCCCCUGCUUAUUAAAGGAUACAUUAUUCAACGUAUGUUAGGGUAUAAAAAAGGCCGGGUACGAAUAUACCGAAGUUUUAUAACCAAUGUAUGUACUGGCUAUAUUUUUUUUACAUAUUAUGACGGCAGGGAACCCGUUGUGACAGACAACAGAAUGAAUUCCAAAACACUUGGCUAUUUGAUUUCUACUCGGUGCAAUACCCCCUCGUAUCAAUCAGAAAACCUGGUGUUUUGAUGCUCUUUCAAUUACUUAGGGUUUUGGAUGCCUAUUUCUGAGGAGUAUUCAUUUUCAGUGAGGACACAUAGAGCGUGGGUUCAAACCACAGAAGAGGCAGUUUUUUCUCUCUUUUUUUCUUUUGUUUUGUUUGGCCAGAUUUUAAUUUUUUCAUAUUUUUUUUAAUAUAAAAUCUGAAAUUAAGAAAAAAUUAAAGUUUAAUGCAUAUCUUUUUUACUGUGAAUUGUGUGGAAUUUGAAAGGGUAACAACUUAAAAUGAUUACAAUUUUAAAUUGGCAUGGUAAACUUUUUUUUUUAUAUUUUUCACAAAUGUUUAGAUAUGUAUCAAGAUAAUUAUAACUAAAUAAUAUUUAUACCCCUAUUUUAUAUGGCAAAAUCUAACAGGUUUUCUUACCCCACUCUCUUCUUAUUUGAUGUAAAAUAACAAGUACCUGUAUCAAUAAACCAAAAAAAAACCCAACUUUUCAUAGACAUUUGUCCUUGAUUUUAUUUGUAGUUAUUAAAAAACUAUGGCUCUUUAUUAGAACUUUACAACUAAGAAAAAUAUGAAACAAGCUAAACUUUUUUUCAGAUAAUGAAACCAUUUUCUUUGUUGUUGUAUAAAACUGAUAUUAAAGUUAUACUACAAUUGUCAAUAUUUCUUCCAACAAGAUGUUAAACUUUUGUAAUGUUUUGUAUUUAUGUCCACAAUAUAGUACAGUUUAUUAACAUAAAGUUUUAAAUGCCUUUUGAAAAGGUGUUUAUUAUACAUCUAAUACCUUAAAAUAUGUUAAAAUAUACUAAAAAUAACACCCCCUGCAGUAAUUAUUAAUAUAGUAUUCUGUUAUAUUUUGCAUGCAACAUGGAAUAGUUAUAUACACGGUUAAUAUUUUUAACAUGAAUACAUUAAGCUAUCAAUAUGUUUGUCUUUCUCUUUAAUAGAAUUAUAAAAUCUCUUCAUUCUUUUGGGUGGGGUGCAGCUGCAAAGUGUUUCAAUUGAAUUCGUUUUGAAUAGGGUCAUUUGGUGUGCAGUAUAUCAAAUCAUCAUUAGCAACGCCCAGAAACUUUGAUAUGUUUUUCAAUAAAAUUUGAAUAAAAGCACUAUGAAAUAUUAAUUUAUCUAUAGGGUCUCACAUAUGAGAAAUUACAUAUGAGAAAUUAACAUUAUCCGGUAUCUGUAUAUUUAUUUAUUGCACAUUGAAAUUUCAUUUAUGAUAUGAAACCUGUUUUGUUUAGUUAGUAGCCUUUUUAUUUAUUUGUUUGAGAUUUUGCUACGUUAUUGACUGUAUUUAACUGUAUGCAGAUGAUAGGAAUUUGCAUUUCUUUUUAAAUCUAAAAAAAUCUUUUGAACAAAAAUAUUUCUUUAAAAAAUAUUAUUAAAAAAACUUUGUUCAAAGUCUCUAGAUGAUGAUGAUGAUGAUGAUGAUGAUGAUGAUAUAAGCUAAGACCAAUAACUUAUUUGUUAAAUUUUGCAUGAUCAAAUAUGCUAUAUAAUAUUUGCAAAUUUCCUUUGAAUUUUGUGUUUCGUGUUUCAUUGGCAAUUACCCAGCGAUGAAAAUAAAUUACAUGUAUGCAUGUCACAGUAAAAUAUUUAUUAUUAACAAUUGUAAAUAUCAAGUUUUCUCUCUCUGAUUUUUUGUUUUCAAUAAAUGUCAAAAAUA